AUGGGCGGUGCGAGGCCGCGUGACCGUCGUGACGGAGCGUGUGGGGCUGAAACUGAAAGCGAAGGGCUCGGGCUGCGGUGAAGCGGAACUGAGUCGUUUGUUCCUUCCCAUAAGCGCCUGAGCCCCCCCCACUCCGAGCAUGUCAGAUAAUUUCGACCGAGCUCCAGGUGCUGGCCGGGGUCGCGCUGCUCCCCUCAGUAGCGCGGGUCCGUCGGAGAGCGGCGGCGGGGCCUGCAUCGGCGUCGGCGAUUCCCACAGCUCAGGCUCGGCCGAGAAGCAGCCCAAAACGGGCGGCUUCUUCCCGCAGCAGGAGCCGUUGCGGCCUCCGAAGACGGCGCCGCUGGGCACCGGAAACGCAAAACACCUGCAACAGGCAAGAAUUCCAUCUGGAUCACAAGAUAAAGUUUCAGUUCCUGAUUCUGAACCAGAAAUGGCUGUACCUCAGGUGGCUGUGGCUCCUGUGGUAAUGUCAAAGUUGUCUGUUAAAGCACCUGAGUUUUAUCCUUCAGGAUACAACCAGAACUUCAAUCAGAACUUUGCAGAUUCUUCCUUUGAAGAUGGAUAUGAUGGCUAUCUGACUUUGGCAGAAUAUGUACAAGACUUCCUAAAUCACCUCACCGAGCAACCAGGUUGUUUUGAAACUGAAAUUGAGCAGUUUGCUGAAACACUGAAUGGCUGGGUCACUGCAGAUGAAACUUUGCAAGAAGUUGUUGAACUCAUAUAUCAGCAGGCCACAUCUGUCCCAAACUUUUCCUACAUGGGAGCACGGUUGUGUAACUAUCUAUCUCAUUAUCUAACCAUUAGUCCACAAAGUGGGACCUUCCGACAGUUGUUACUUCAAAGGUGUCAAACAGAGUAUGAAAACAGAGAUGAAGCUGCCAAAGGAGAUGAGACUACUCAAAAACAAUUUCAUGCCUUUGUGUUGUUCUUAGCUGAACUUUACCUUAACCUAGAGAUUAAAGGAAAAAAGGGACAGGUAACGCGAGCAGAAAUUCUUCAAGAAGGCCUUCGGGAAUUACUAAAUGCACUCUUCUCUAAUCCUGUGGAUAAUAAUUUGAUAUGUGCAGUGAAACUGAUGAAGUUGACAGGCUCAGCUUUAGAAGAUGCCUGGAAAGAAAAAGGAAAGAAUGAUAUGGAGGAAAUGAUUCAGAGAAUUGAAAAUGUUGUGUUGGAUGCAAACUGUAGCAGAGAUGUGAAACAUAUGCUUCUGAAACUAGUAGAACUACGAUCAAGUAACUGGGGUAGAGUUCACGGAACUUCUCCACAUACAGAAGCUACCCCUGAAAAUGACCCAAACUAUUUUAUGAAUGAACCAACGUUUUACACUUCUGAUGGUGUUCCUUUCACUGCAGCAGAUCCAGAUUACCAAGAAAAAUACCAAGAGCUGCUUGAAAGAGAGGAUUUGUUUCCAGAUUAUGAAGAAAAUGGAACAGAUUUAUCAGGACCUGGAGAUCAAUGGCACCUAGCUGAGAGGAGUUGUGUGAACUUCGGAAGAUUAAUUAGAGAUGUCAUCAGAAAUAAACAAGCUCUUACUGUGGGGAAAAAAACCACCCUUGUGAACUGCUGUGCCUAGAACAAAUUAAAUGCAAAAUGGAGACAAACAGCAGUUAAACACAGCAAGUCUGAAGCGUGACAUGUGGAAGACAGAGUUAACCAUCAUGCAAGGUGACUGUGGAACCUUCUUUGAAGGCUUAAGAAAAGCUUAGACAAAUCUAUCCUGAUUAUCUGUCAGCUAUUUCCCAUGACUGACAUCAGGGAGAAGAGUUCUAUGUUGAGUUCCUUCUCCAGUCUACACUUCUACAGGAAAGGAGAAACAAAAUAAAUAUGUAGACAGCUUCUUGUAAUGUGCGAUGAUCAAGAAAAAAUGCUUUCCUUAUUUUACGUUUCUGUGGCACUUACUGUGGUUUUGUGCAAAACACACCAUUUAUGGCCUCCAUAUAGAUGAGACAUGCUGAUUCCCUUGUUUGGAACGAAGGCACAAAAGAUAAUAAACUAGGCAUGUGAAACUAAUGCACGCUUUGAGAAUCAAUAGCUGCUGAUUUUUUUUUAAGGCUGUUUUAAGCUACAACUCCAUUGUCCUAGUUUAUGGUGAUGAAUGCUCCAGUUGGAUGUAGAGAAAACAAGGAACGCUCAAGUUACUUCCCAAUAACUGUGAGGAGAAAGCAAGUUAAGUGAUCCCCAUCACUUUCCAGCUUUAUCUUGAAACUCUGUGGUAGUCUCCACUCUGCACAAUACUUACUAUUGUUAACAGGAUUCAGUCUUUUCUCUGACCUAAAUGAGACAGAUCUUUUCUGAAAGACUGGUUACCAUGUAAUAGAAGGUAAUAUAAUACAGAUGCAAAAGGGAGGUGAAUUAAGGUUGUCGUCUUCCAUAUAUCAACAAAUAGGAAUAUAGGUUUUCUAUAUAAAUAUAUUUUUCUGACUAGUGUGCAACCAAGACAGUUGAUGCAAGAUGUUAACCAACCGAAAUUAUGCUGAUUAUGUUUUUUGUAAAUACAUAAGUAAAAAUGCAUUAUUAAUUUUUUUGAAAGCUUGUAUUGCAUUAUUGCUUUUUUUCUAUCAUCUUGGAAGGUAUUUGUCUUUAAACCUGUGGACAGCAUAAGAUGAUCUAAAAUGGUGACAAACGUUAGCAAUUCGUACAUAUCUGUGCUGAUUUGAGGUUUGUUUGUUUUCCUAGUACCCAUAAUUUUUUUCUUCAUCCCUUUUUAGUAAAUGUCAUAGUUAAUUACUAUUUCUAAAACUGUUUCGUUCUUUACAUCUACGUAAAUAUUUUGCCUAUUUACUGUUUCUGAAAAAUCUGUACAUAAACUUAAUAUUUUUGGUGAUUCUUUUUUUAAGGUAUUUUGAUGACCUUGAUGACAAGAUGGAUCCAGAAAUUGAAGAAGCAUAUGAAAAAUUCUGUCUAGAAUCAGAACAUAAGAGAAAACAGUGAGACGUUACACAUUAAUGUUAGUUUAUUAAGUGAGUUUAGGUAUGGUUAGGAUACAGGGGGACACAAAACACUUGUACGAAAAUAAGGAAGCUUAGUUUUUCCAAGUACUAAAGUUACAUACUUUCCAUUCUGUUAAACAGAAUCUGCCAAAAAUUGUAAACUUAUGCCCUGUAACUUAAAAUGUUGUGUAUAUAUCAUAGUUUAUUUUAUGUACAGGUAUAUGAACAAUGGUUUGGUUGCAAUAAACUUGAUUUUAAAAGUA